AUGCUUCUUUUUACGCUCAUUGUUCGUCAGCGAGAUGCGCUGGCAUUAGCGGCAGACACGGAUACAUCUAGUACAGAACUGGAGCAAUGCAAGGUAGCAGCAAAAACGCUUCUCCGAAAGUUGGCUGCAGAAUACAGUAAUCCAUCCGUGCAUGUUCCACCUCUUUUAACUAUUGUGUGGAAGAUUUAUAUGUUUCACGUUCUUUCCGAAUCAGGUGUUUCCUUUCUUACAAUGUGCGACACGGCUAUGCCGGCAAGUGUUGCGUUGGCCUUCUUAGAGGAUGUAGCUCGGGAGUUCCUGCAGCAGUAUGGAUCUCAAGUGGAGAUGAUUACGCGACCUUACUGUUUUAUAAAGUUUGACUUGUAUCUUCAGCGCACAAAGAAGGUGUUUGCAACCGCGUACUCAUCCCGUAGUAUGGAUAUGUCGCGUGUUGGACGAACGACACCUGUACGCCGCACAUUUGACGAGGUAAUGACGGGCAUUGUUUCAAAACCAGGGUCCUCCGCUCUGUCCGGACAAGGAGGGAGAUUUGUCUCAGAUAAGACGUCCUGGUCGGUCGUCGUUGCUUGUGUUGUGGUUGUAACGUUACUUGUGUUCUGUGGGGUGUUUUACUAUGUCGUUGUGGUGUAG